AUGCGUUUCUUUAACACGAUUAUGACGUCGCAGGGUUGGAGGGUGCGUUGUGAGGGUGAGGAGGGCUGCGUCACGUGCGAGGUCCGCACUCUGCGACGCAUGCGAGACCGCGGGACGCCGGCAGCGCAGGCGCGCCCAUAUCCCCUGCCUCGCAUCAGUCUGCCGCCGGCCGCGUGCCCCGCCCGACCUGUGUCUCGCCGUGAGUGUACCCCGAGUGAUGACUUG